GUGGGCAGGCCCAGCAACAUCGGGCAGGCCCAGCCCAUCAUCGACCAGCUGGCAGAGGAGGCCCGGGCCUUCAACCGCAUCUACGUGGCCUCGGUGCACCAGGACCUGUCCGACGACGACAUCAAGAGCGUCUUCGAGGCCUUUGGCAAGAUCAAAUCCUGCACCCUGGCCAGAGACCCCACCACGGGGAAGCACAAAGGCUACGGAUUCAUCGAGUACGAGAAGGCUCAGUCGUCCCAGGACGCCGUGAGCUCCAUGAACCUGUUUGACCUGGGGGGUCAAUACCUGCGCGUGGGCAAGGCCGUCACCCCCCCCGAUGCCGCUGCUCACCCCGGCCACGCCCGGGGGGCUCCCCCCCGGCUGCCGCCGUCGCUGCCGCUGCUGCCACCGCCAAGAUCACGGCACAG